AUUCCAUUUGUUCUUCUGGUAGUCUGUCAGUGUCAGGUCAAAAAUUUAGAAUCGUUGUAAAAUAUUUUUGAUGCGAAUUUUACGAUCUUAUAGUUUCCUGUUAGAUAUCAUAAUAAGCUCCAAUUAAGUUACAUAUUAAAUAAUUAUGAUAUUAAUGUUUGAACACUAUGUGUAAAGUUGUAUUUAUAAAAACUUGGAAUAGUUAAUGUUAGUUUAUUGUUUGGAAGUUGGAUGUUUUUGUAUUGCGUUGCAAAACUACUCGCUGACGUCUGUUCUGUGCGAUGGAUCUCUUGAAACAUGGUAUGAAGGGUCCAUCCCGGCCAGCUCCAGUACCACCUAGUGCUCAUGUUAAUAGAUACUCUCCGGUGACCAAUUGGAAUGAUGACCCAUUUGGAGCAGAGGUUUUUGAACCAACUCCAAUUUAUACACAGAAAAAAAAGCCACCACCUCGUCCACCUCCACCAAGGGUUGCCAAGCAACUUGAAGUGCCUUCUAAACCAUCACACUUCAUACGUAAACCUACAGUUCUCACCUCAUUGUUAAAUCGUAAAAAUAAGAACACAGUGAACCAACCAAGUGGGCCAAAUCAACCUAGCUUUACAGAAUUUAGUAGUGAAGUUGACAAUUGUAGAAUGUUUCCAAAGUGUGAUCGUGCAAAUAUACAAACAGCAACUCUCAUAGAUCUGUCGUCACCCCCAAGCUCACCAACUUUUACUACUAGAUCUAGUAGUGAUGGAAUCAGUGUGGAUAGCUUUGGAUCUGAUGCCACAACAUCUACUAACCAUCGAAAUGCCAUAAGUGGUGGUAACGCUUCUCAAGCAGAAAGUGGUUUUGAAGAUGACUUUGAUCUCUUCCUCACUUCAAGAAAGCAUAUGAGUAAAGAAGACACUUUUGAAGAUUUUUCGAAUAUAGAUCCUUUUUCACCACAGCCAGUUAUUAAACCUCCUAUUAUGAAAAAGCCUGUGCUAAGUAAGGAUCUGUUUGAAACAUCAAGCACUACAAGUAGCCAGUAUUCCAUACCACCUUUAAAGGGGCCUACUAUAAUUAGAGCUAAACCGGCUCGACCAAAACCUCCAGAUAAUUCUUCUCUAUUGAAAAGUACUUUUGGCACCAAUUUCCAAUUGACUUCAAUGAACAUAAAUACCACAACGCCUAUACAAAAAGUUGCUAAUGGCAAUGUAGAUAUUGACCAGAAAUUGAAUUGGGAGCAUGAAGAAUCGCCUGAAAGGAAGUCCACUCCGCCGAUGCCCACGAUUCCGCCGCCACCACCGCCACAGAUAGACGAUGACUUACCGGUGGUGUGGCCUGAUGAUCUACAGGACUUCGAAGAAAACGAUGAAGAAAGUGAUGAUGCUGAACCACAUGCGGUUGCGCUCUUUGACUAUUUCACAGAUCACCAAGAAGACUUAUAUUUUUCGGCUGGCACGAAAGUAUUUCUGAUUCGGCGUGAGAAUGACGAAUGGAUGUACGGCAAACUCCGCACGGGGGCGGAAGGUCUCUUUCCUGCAAACUACGUUGAGGUAAAGGUGCCUUUACCGAAUGAUAGUAAAACUAAAAUUGGGACGGCACUCGCGCUAUACGAGUUCGUGCCUGUCCAAGAAGGAGAUCUGCCUUUUAACAUAGGUGACAAGAUCAACGUACUGUCCAAAAUAAACGAUGAGUGGUAUUUCGGCGAGUGCAAUGGCCACAAAGGACAAUUCCCAAUUAACUACGUGCAAAUCAGUUAGUACUUGGUAUUCAGGGUAAUUUGUGAUGCGACAUCGAUGCUUGUGACUCGUUUAGUCAAUUUUUAUUUAGGUGUAAAAGACGGUAAUGUAUUAAAAAUAUGGUCCAUUUUGAUAUAUUGUUAUGGGAAUCGUUUGUAAAGUGAAGACUGAUGUCUAUAUCUCGAUUUAAUGUUAUAAGUAUUGUCGGUGUAAAUCAAAUGCUUAAUAGAUCUUGUAAUUAAUUUCAAUCAAGAUAAAAUUUUAUACCAUUGAUUGUCGAAGUGGAUUAAAGUAAUUGACUUUAUCAAUAAUGUGCAAUAUAUUAAUUAAUUAUUUAUAAAUGAUCUGCAUGUUUCAAACUUACUAAUUUAAAUAACUUCUUGCGAUAUUCGUAGUACUUGUUGCCAUAGUAACUUUAGUGUUUUGUCUUACGAUUAAAUUAAUUGCACAAAACGAGAAUCAAUAUAAAUAAUUCUACGACAGACGGUGACUUAAUGUAUAUAUGUCUGGGCAUCUGGGUUGUGUGAGUAUAUCGAAAUAUUGUAAGAUAAUAACUGUUCAGUAUCCAUAUACUUUGAAAAUUAAGUGUGGUUUACUCAGUUCAUUGUACUGUACAAUUAAAAUUGCUCUACACAAAACAGUAUUCAAGAAAAACUGCAUAGCGGUUGUGCUGACAUCAGGUAUAAGAAUAGAAGUCAAUUUAAUGUAAUUGAGAUUAAUUAUUAUUGAACAUCCGAUUUUUUUUAAAAGGUAAAAUUCAAUCGUAAUAUGUAUUUUAUAAUUUUGUAUUUGAUUAAUGUUUAGCUAGUCUCUUUGUAGAUAAAUAAGAUUAAAUCGCAUGUACUUGUCACAUUUCGAACUAUAUCUUUCCAAAAACUAUCCUUCCCCUAUCUUAUUGUUAACUUUUUUUGUGACAAAACAUGUGCGCGAUUGUUUUGCAAUAUUACGCAUAAUAUUAAUUAUUUUUGUACGUCUUUUGUGUCAUUUCUUUUGUUUAAGUUGUAUUAUGUGGGGGACCAUAACAUUAAGUGCCUUAUGUAUUUUGUCAAUGUGUAUUACGUGUAUAUAAAUAUUAAUUUAUAAUAAAAUAUUGUCAAUUUUGUA